AUGAAUACAAUUAAAGCCAUUAAAAAUGCAAUCGUCUGUCUCGUCUUGCUGCCCCGUUUCCUAAUGACAGCAGUGAUGUUUUGGCUGCUUGACUUCUUGUGCAUCAGGAGAAGGGUUUUCUUGAGGAUGAAGGCGAAGGAGCAGGGGGGCGACGCCAUCGAUCCUCCGCUGUGCAUAUCGGACUCCAACCGUCUGUUCAGCCUGGAGUCCCUCAAGGCGGCGUGGCACGGACACAAGCUGGACUUUCUGAAGGCGGCGCGUCUCGGACACGGCGCGCCCAACACCGACGUGGUGCAGCUGGAGGACCAGCGGCGCCGCCGCAUCCUCGACUUCGCCAAAGACAAGAGACCGCUGGUCCUCAACUUUGGGAGCUGCACCUGACCGCCGUUCAUGGCGCGUCUGAAGGCGUUUCAGGGAGUCGUGCAGCAGAACGCAGACAUAGCAGACUCGGUGGUCGUGUACAUCGAGGAAGCGCACCCCUCCGACGGCUGGGUGAGCACCGACGCGCCCUAUCAGAUCCCCACACACCGGUGUCUGGAGGACCGGCUGAACGCCGCGCAGCUGAUGCACCUGGAGAUGCCCGGCUGCCCGGUGGUGGUCGACAGCAUGGAGAACUCCUCCAACGCGGCGUACGGAGCCUACUUCGACAGACUCUAUAUUCUGCAGGAGGGGAAGAUAGUGUACCAGGGGGGCAGAGGACCCGAGGGGUACCGGAUCACAGAGCUCAGAGACUGGCUCGAUCACUACAGAGACACGCUGGACAAAUCCACUCAUCUAGUUUUCAGUGUGUAGAUUCAUUCUCAUCUUUGUAGAGCUGCUAUAACGAAAACAAAAUGCUGCAUUAUUUUUCAGUAUUAUAACUCCAAUUACAUAGCAUUUCUCCGUCGAUAAUGGGUUCCGUGUAUUUAUUUUUGGAGUAAUGUGUUCAACGUUGUAGGACGCACUAGCGACAGUAUCGGCUCCUUCGUGUCAUAUCGGACAUAUAGACGUCCUGGUAGGAUCCAGCUUCUCAAAAAGCAGGACGCGGAGACGCGCGCAUCGCUCUGCUCGUCAGUAUAGAGUGAAGUUCGGUUUUGAAACGGCUGAAUCCAGAGAACCGAUACUGAUGUUUCAUACUGGAGGUCACGCGUGAAGCUGCUGCUCUCUGCCCUGCAUGGCGCUACGGUGUUUUUGUAAAUAUUGUUCCGUUUUAUGGAUAUAUUUUUCAUACAAUAAAAUGCUUUCAUCUAUACUU